AUGUCCAACCCGGGGUUCCGGGAGCACUUCCGUGUCUACAUGGAGCGAGUGGACAAGAGGGCUCUCAUCAGCUUCUGGGAGCUAGUGGAGAUGCUCAAGACUGCCAACAAGGUAACGUUGUCACAUUCUCCAAAAGCAAACGUUAAACCAGUGUUACUGACUAGAAUUGACAUCCUUUGUAAAAUAUCUCUGACUGGUAGUUUUACUCUUUGAGACCAGUGCCAUUUUUGACUAAAUUGAACAUUUGGAUGAAACACAUCGGAGUCUGUCACAUCUAUUAAAGCUGAAAACCCAGUGCCCAUUCUGACUCCUGUUGUUUUCCCAGAAUGAGGUUCCCCAGCUGGUGGGUGAGAUCUACCAGAACUUCUUUGUGGAGAGCAGGGAGAUCCCGGUGGAGAAGGCCCUGUACAAGGAGAUCCAGCAGACCCUUGUGGGGAACAAGGGCACUGACGUGUUCCACCGGAUCCAGUGGGAUGUGUAUGACACCAUGAAGGAGCGCUACUACCCCUCGUUCCUGGUCUCUGACCUCUACGAGAGGCUCAUCAGGAGAGAGGAGCAGCGCAGCAGCUCCCAGUCCAGCAGUGAGGACAAGGACGAAGGGGUGAGCUGGGGAGAGGACACACACACUGAAGCAGACAUGCACAGACACACACACCAGCCAGCCGGCAUACGCUCCUGCGUAUAUAUUUGUACAGACAGGAUGCACAUUUACUAUGCGAGUCAUCAGACUUAUUGCAAGUAUAAAAAAGAUGGAUAAAGUGUUGACCAUUAGCAUUGUGUCAAGCUCUUCACACAGUUGUAUUAUUAUCAUCUUAUAAACCUCCACCCCUCUGCACAGCUCCAGGUUCUGGAUGGAGGAGAAGAGGCGCUGGACGAAGGCACUAAAGGCAUCAAUGAGCAGGCCAGCUACGCUGCCAACAAGCUGCGACAGCUCUACGACAAGCUGGAGUACAAACGCCAGGCCCUAGGCUCCAUCCAAAACGCCCCCAAGCCAGACAAAAAGGUACCCCACCACACCUCUCAGCUGCUAUUGUUUCAGUUCAUGGUGAUUGUGUUUUUGAUUUUCUAUGGAGUGAAUAGUGUUAAUGUUGCAUGCUGUCUGCUUUGCAGAGGGUGUGACAGUGUGUUUUAUAAGGUGUUUUUAUGUACUCUGAUAUCGAGUAUACCCUCAAGGUUGCAUCCUCUCUAUUUAUGGCUACUUGACGAUCUAAUAGAACGUGAGACACAUACAAAAGCACGUCAUCGACUGUGCUGCUAUCAUUCACCUGCAAGCCAAGCACACUAUUUUUACCUCUCUCUCUGUCUUUGUGCUGGCAUUAAUAAAGAACCCAUUAAAUGUUCCCUGAAAGGAUGUCUGCGCCUGCCUUUAAUACAAGUAGCCCUUGACAAAUUACAUUGACUGAACAGCCACUUUCUUGAAUGAGACACAGGCCAGCUGUCUCUUUUUUCUAGCAGGUUGGUACUGUGUCUGGGGGAGAUGGAUUUUUUGACUGUGUGUGUGUGUCUGCGCGGUGCCAUGUGUGCUUUCUUCUCUCAGAUUGUGUGUAAGCUGAAGGAGGAGAUCAGGGCCAUGGAGAAGGAGCACAGCGACCUGCAGCUGCACAUCUCCCGCACAGACUGGUGGUGUGAAAACCUGGGUUCCUGGAGGGCCCUCAUCACCACAGCUGAGGUGAGUGGGACACACACACAAACUAAACACAAAACAAACACGCACACCUGAUCGACAACAACCACCAGGCAGCAGCGUCCUGUCAAACACACACAUGGUGUAGUUGGCCGAUUCCGUGCGGUCUCUAUUUGGCAAAGUUGCCCUCCCGAAGUUGAACAGUAAGAACUGCAAUUGAAUCUGAAAUGCACAGUCAGAGGACAAUUAUUCUGUUUCUAACGAAAUAGAGGCAUACUACGACAAAAUAAACGUGACACAGUGUGUAAAUUCUAACAAAAUAGUGCAGGAAAUGAAGAAAUUGAUAAAAAUGCUGGAAUUGAACAAAUAACUAAGCAAAUAAAACCAUUGGUCAAGUACCAGAGUUAGAGGCUACAAAAAUGUUGAUUCCUAUGCAAUGUUCUACAAAUAGGACUACUUCACUGUCAGUUUUGUCCUGCUAUUAUUUUUGGUUGAAAAGUAUAAAGCAAUCAGAAUGGAGAAAGCCCACAUUAAAACCACUUAAAAUUAAUUUGUUGCAAUCCUAGUGUCAUGCACUACCCAUAAAGCAUGUUUAGAAUUAUUAUUAUUAUUAUUCAGAAACAUCAAAUACCGUCAAAAAUGAGAAAAAUACAGUGGGACAGUAUGAUAUACCGUGAUAUUCGCUGUUCAAGCAGGCAGAAAUACAGCCAUCAUGCAAAGCUGUAUUUCUGCCUGCUUAAAUGGCGAAUAGCUCAGAUACACAUGAAAACAUGAAAUGACCCCAGGAAUCGAUAGAACAUCAUCGCUCAGAGAUGCACAACUACGAUAUAACGUUCAAAAUGGGUGAAUCUUUCCUUUAAGGCAAUGAGCAAAUCAGCCACCCUUCCACAAAUGGCCUUUAAUCUGAGUUAAUUAAUUGUCUUCAUUGGAAUGUUUUCUUACCAUGCUCUCAUUGAUACGGUGUCUGUACUCUAUGACUAUAAACUCAAACAUUGCUCUCACCUUACUGUCACCAUUGACCAUUAACUCUAACCAUGCAUGAACAAAUACUCUCUGGCAUUGUUGUGUCUCUGAUUGUGUAGAAAAAAUCAAGGAAAAUAUUUGUUUGGAAAAAAAGAGGGCUUUGCAGUGAAAUAAAGGAAGAUGAUACCCACUGUGCCCCUCUAUCCCCCACCAGGCAGUGGAGGAGAACGGGGAACAGAUGCCGUGCUACUGCGUCUCAGUGAGCCUGCUGGAGGGGGACGACUCUAAGAACAGCCGAUGGAGCGUCACCAGGAAGCUGAUAGAGUUCCAGGCCCUGCACCGGAAACUGACUGAGGUAAAGGUUCCUCCAUGCCAAUGCUGCUGCCUAACCCGUCUCUCUGGUCGAGUCCCAAAUACAUUUACAUUUACAUUUUAGUCAUUUAGCAGACGCUCUUAUCCAGAGCGACUUACAGGAGCAAUUAGGGUUAAGUGCCUUGCUCAAGGGCACAUUAACGUCAUUUAGCAGACGCUCUUAGCCAAUAGCACCCUAUUCCGUUUAUAGUGCACUACUUUAGAUCAGGGCCCAUAAGGCUCUGGUCAAAAGUAGUGCGCUAUGAAGGGAUUAAAGGGAAUAGGUUUCCAUUUGGGAUACAGCCUCUGUUUGCCCCCCAACAACAGCCAUUUAAAUACAGCAGUCUAGUGCUGUUACGUCACAGCCGUUUGUUUCAAAUAUCACUGCCUGCGAUCUGAUAAUCACCCCUAACAAUGCUGCCACUGGCCGGUUGCCGUGGAGAUCGACGAGACAUGAAGACUGAAACGUAACCCCUCUUGUUUUCUCUAUUCUCUCUCUCUCUUUCUUUCUCCGUCUCUCUCUCUUCUAUGUCUUUCUGGCUCUCUCUGUCACUCUCUGACGCUCGCUGUUGCUCAUUUUUUCUCUCUCUGUGUCUGUCUCACUGUAUCUGUCUCUGUCUCAAUUCAGUUAAAUGCUUUAUUGGCAUGGAAAGUGUUACCGCAUACAUUGCCAAAGCAAACAUAUAGACACACAUUAAAUCAAUGAUGACGCAGAUAGAUAAUAAUACGAAAAAUAAUACUCUGAGUAAUAACAAUUAAAAGGACAGUACAGUAAGAAAUGAAUGAGCACAGUAAUGAAGUAGUGAGAAAGACACAGGUAGCAAUGUUUUUGCUCUGGUUGGUCGUUCCACUGGCUGUCCCUACGGGUGUGGCAGGGACCUACAUAUGUUGCUGCUAAUAUGGCACAAAGGGGUUUUUCUCCCAAUAGAUAUUGGAUUUUCUCCUUUUCUGUUUUGGUUUCAAACUCGUUGUAUUUGUUUUACAUUUUGGGGUAGAAAGUUGCCUGUAUAGUUCUGGCAGUGUAGGAGAAAAUCUAGCUCUGUCUCGACUAGGGUUGAAUGGCGGGAACCCGGUUAGCAAGAUUUACUGGGAUUUGCCGCCCAAAACCUUUUCCCGGGAUAAACUGUGAGAAACUGGUAAAUUAUAAUAAAUGAUUUACAGUGCAUUCGGAAAGUAUUCAGACCCCUUCACUUUUUCCACAUUUUGUUACGUUACAGCCUUACUCUAAAAUGGAUUCAAUAAUGUUUUCCCCUCAUCAAUCCACACACAAUACCCCAUAAUGACAAAGCGAAAACAGGUUUUUAGAUUUUUUUGCAAAUGUAUUACAAAUAAAAUACAGAUACCUUAUUUUACAUAAGCCAAUCUUCAGUAAAAGGCACAUGACAGCCUGCUUGGAGUUUGCAUAAAGGCACCUAAAGGCCCAGCAUCGUCCGGGUUAGGGGAGGGUUUGGCCUGCCGGGAUGCCCUUGUCCCAUCGCGCUCUAGCGACUCCUGUGGCGUGCCGGGCGCAUGCACGCUGACAUGUUGUACAUUGUUUCCUCCGACACAUUGGUGCGGCUUGGCAGAGUCAUGUUUCAGAAGACGCAUGGCUCUCGACCUUCAUCUCUCCCGAGUCCGUACAGGAGUUGCAGCGAUGCGACAAGACUGUAACUACCAAUUUGUAUAUCACGAAAUUGGGGAGAAAAAGGGGUCAAAAGUACCACAAAAUAAAAUUAAAAUAAAGACUUCAGCAUGGGAGAAGUCAGAGCUCAGACUGAUAGACGAGUUUCCCGCUAGUAUUACCAGUUGGAGGGACAUUCAAGUGGAUUUUUCCCAGUCGCAUGCUGGCAUUUACGAAUUUACGAGAAGUUAUGACCGCAGCAUUAGACUGAUCCUUACAGUAAGUUGCUAUUUUAGGCAAAUGGGUCAGCCAGAAUGUAUGUGUGUGUUUUUGUGCCCACCUUAGUGAAGUAUUGCCGGACCUUCUCCUUGCUCUGAGGAACUAGCAUAUAGCUAGCUACUGUACAUCUAUGGGCUUUUAUGUUUUUCUGUCGUGUGUAAUGUGCAGUAGCCUACAUCAUAUAUUUUUGGGCUUGGGCUCAUUAAAUGUUGUUUAUUUAUUUAAUAUAUGUAGCAUCAGGUUUGAAUUGAAGCUCCAAUCAAAUCCAGACAUUUAUAUGCUUUUUAAUGCUUUUGAAUGACACACCCGGUUUUGGCGGGAAAUACCGGGUUACCCAGGAGAAAAGUGAUUUAUUCUCAUGAUGGAACAUUUGCAAAAUACCGGGAAAAAAUUCAACCCUAGUCUUGAGUUCUCUCUGAGGGCAGAGUGAGCACAACCUGUCCUCUCUGGGUAGCCAGAUCUGUCUGUGACGGCCGGUUUCUAUGGCCAGGCUGUGCUCACUGAGUCUGUACAUAGUCAGUGUUUUUCUCAGCUUUCUAUCAGUCUCAGUGGUCACAUAGUCUGCUGUCAUGUACUGUCUGUUUAGAGCCAAAUAUCACUGAAGUUUACUUAGAUUUUGUGUGGUGUCUUUCCAGUAGGUGAUAUACUGUAUUUUUAGCUUUGCUUUUUGCUUCAGGCAAGAUUUUCUGAGUGCUGUCCUGAGGUUUUGUUCGGUUGGUAAUGGUUAGUGAACUUAGCCUCAGGACCAGUUGACUGAGGGAACUCUUCUCUAUGGUCACCUCUUGGCAUUUGAGGGCUUUCUAAUGGUAGGAGUUGGGGGUCACUUGUUUUUAAAUGAUUAUACAAUUUAGUGGCUCUUUUUUGGAUAUUAAUGAGAAGAGGGAAUUGGCCUAAUUCUGCUCUGCAUGCUUUGUUUGGAGUUUUUCUCUGUACUCAGGUCUCCUGUAGCUCAGUUGGUAGAGCAUGGCCCUUCCAACGGCAGAGUUAUGGGUUCGAUUCCCACGGGGGCCAGUAUGAAAUAAUUUAUGCACUCACUAACUGUAAGUCACUCUGGAUAAGAGCGUCUGCUAGAUGACUAAAAUGUAAAAAAAUGUACUCUGUGCAUGCUCUUACAGAAUUCCACAUACUGGGUUUCAAUUGGGUGUUUGUCCCAUUUGUCAAAUUCUUGCUUUGUAAGCGGACCCCACACUUCACUGCCAUAUAGUACAAUUGGUUCUAUUAUUGAUUUGAAUAAUUUUGAGCCAGAUCCUAAUUGGUAUGUCUAAUUUAAUAGAUAGUUCAAUGGCAUAGAAAUCCCUCGUUGCUUUGUCUUUCAGUUCAUUCACGGCCAGGUUGAAGUUCAUAUUUUGUCCCAAAUAUGUGUAGGUGUGUGUGUUCUAUAUGAGUAGAGUCCUCAGCCCAGUAAAAAAAGUAUAUUGGUUUAACUGACAUCUGGACCUUUUCUGGAAUGUCAUGUUGUUUGUCAUUUUGAGAUUGGCUGUCAGUGCCCAGGUCUGACAGAAUUGUAAUUGUUGCUAUAGUCCCUCUUUUGUGUGAUGCAGCAGCACCAGGUCAUCUGCAUACAGGAGGCAUUUUAUUUCUGUGUCGUUAAGAGUGAGACCGGGCCCCGGGCUGUUGAUUGCUCAAGCUUUUUGGCCAAUUCAUUUAUAUAGAUUUUAAAUAGACUUGAGCUCAAGUUGCUCCCCUGUUUUACUCCACGCCCUUGGGAAAAUAAAUCUGUAUGUUUAUCUCCAACACCACUUUAAAUUAAUUUGAGUAAAAUGCCAAAUUGAAUCCAAUGCUUUUUGGAAACCUACAAAGUAGAACAUUUUAGUUUUGUUUUGAUUGACAUGUUUAUCAAUUAGGGUGUGUAAUGUAUAAAUAUGGUCUGAUGUUCGAUAAUUUGGUAGGAAUCCAUUUUGGCUUUUGCUUAGAACAUUGGGGUCACUGAGAAAGUGCAGUAAUCUGCUGUUCAUGAUGGUACAUAAUAUUUUCACUAAGUUGCUGUUGACACAAAUACCACGAUAAUUGUUUGGGUCCAAUUUGUCUCCAUAAAAAAAUAUGUUAUUAGUCUCUGGUUCCAGAUGUCAAGGAAAUAGCCUACACUCAAAACUUUGUUAAAAAGUUUCACUAUGGCAUGUGUAUUUUAUUAUUUCGUUUAAUAUUCCAUCAGGACCACAAGCCUUUUUGGGUGACACGGCCUGUAUUUCUGUUAUUGGGGAAUCCGGAGGGUUCUUGCAGUUUUUAAUGGCUUAUUUGAGGUUUUUCAUAUAUUCUUUUUUGUUUCAAAUUCAUAGUAAUAUUUCUAUAUAGUUCUUCAAAAUGAUUUCUCCAUAGGUCACCAUUUUGGAUAGCCAAUUAUUCUCUGUGUGGUUUGUUUAGAGUUAAAAUUUUCCCAGAAGUUCCCUCAAUUUCAGUAAGUUGUCUGUGUUCUUUUUAUGUUCUGAGAGUCUGUUUGUAUUCUUUUAGGGUUCCCCAAUACUGAAGGCGCGUAUCCUGGUUGUCUGGUUCUCUUAUGUUUAUUUUUUUUUUCUUAUAGAUUUGCAGUCAUAAUAUUUUCAUUAUUUGUCUUUUUUGUCUUCUUUAAAUUGGAUAAGGGAUGGCAAUUUGUCAAAACAUUUUGUAACGUCAGCACAAGCAACGUCAGCACAAGAACUGUUCGUCGGGAGCUUCAUGAAAUGGGUUUACAUAGCCAAGCAGCCGCACACAAGCCUAAGAUCACCAUGCGCAAUGCCAAGCAUUGGAUGGAGUGGUGUAAAGCACGCCAUCAUUGGACUCUGGAGCAGUGGAAACACGUUCGCUGGAUUGAUGAAUCACACUUCACCAUCUGGCAGUCCGACGGACGAUUCUGGCUUUGGCGGUUGCCAGGAGAACGCUACCUGGCCCAAUGCGUAGUGCCAACUGUAAAGUUUAGUAAAUGAGGAAUAAUGGUCUGGGGCUGUUUUUCGUGGUUCGGGCUAGGCCCCUUAGUUCCAGUGAAGGGAAAUCUUAACGCUACAGCAUACAAUGACAUUCUAGACGAUUCUGUGCUUCGAACUUUGUGGCAACAAUUUGGGGAAGGCCCUUUCUGGUUUCAGCAUAACAAUGCCCCUGUGCACAAAGCAAGGUCCAUAAAGAAAUGGUUUGUCGAGAUCGGUGUGGAAGAACUUAACUGGCCUGCACAGAGCCCUGACCUCAACCCCAUCGAACACAUUUGGGAUGAAUUGGAACGCUGACUGCCAGCCAGGCCUAAUCCACCAACAUCAGUGCCCGACCUCACCAAUGCUCUUGUGGUCCCCGCAGCAGUGUUCUAACAUCUAGUGCAAAACCUUCCCAGAAGAGUGAAGGCUGUUAUAGCACCAAAGGGGGGACAAACUCCAUAUUAAUGCCCAUGAUUUUGGAAUGAGAUGUUUCGAAGAGCAGGUGUCCACAUACUUUUGGUCAUGUAGUGUAUGUAGCACUCACAAAGAAAUUUGGGUCAGUGGAGAUGGCCUCCUUUUAGAUUUCCAGCCAAAUGAAGAAUUCUCCUGUUUUGAUUAGUUCUAUUAGCUGUGUUUUGAACCAAAUCAGCAUUCCCCUUGAUUCCCUCCCCUGGGUGACUCCUCUCAAGUUGGUGGAUGGGACCACCAUUACCCUGUAUCCUAGUGGACAACCAGUGGAUCCAUCUACUCCUCGUCUCCUGUAAAACAAUUACACUACCGGUCAAAAGUUUUAAAACAACUACUCAUUCAAGGGUUUUUCUUUAUUUUUACUAUUGUCUGCAUUGUAGAAUAAUAGUGAAGACAGCAAAACUAUGAAAUAACACAUAUGGAAUCAUGUAGUAAGCAAAAAAGUGUUAAACAAAUCAAAAUAUAUUUUAUGUUUGAGAUUCUUCAAAUAGCCACCCUUUGCCUUGAUGACAGCUUUGCACACUCUUGGUAUUCUCUCAACCAGCUUCAUGAGGUAGUCACCUGGAAUGCAUUUCAAUUAACAGGUGUGCCUGUUAAUUUGUGGAAUUUAUUUUCUUCUUAAUGCGUUUGAGCCAAUCAGUUAUGUUGUGACAAGGUAGGGGUGGUAUACAGAAAAUAGCCCUAUUUGGUAAAAGACCAAGUCCAUAUUAUGGCAAGAACAGCUCAAAUAAGUAGAGAAACGACAGUCCAUCAUUACUUUAAGACAUGAAGGUCACUGGACAACCAGUGGAUCCAUCUACUCCUCGUCUCCUGUAAAACAAUUACACUACCGGUCAAAAGUUUUAAAACAACUACUCAUUCAAGGGUUUUUCUUUAUUUUUACUAUUGUCUGCAUUGUAGAAUAAUAGUGAAGACAGCAAAACUAUGAAAUAACACAUAUGGAAUCAUGUAGUAAGCAAAAAAGUGUUAAACAAAUCAAAAUAUAUUUUAUGUUUGAGAUUCUUCAAAUAGCCACCCUUUGCCUUGAUGACAGCUUUGCACACUCUUGGUAUUCUCUCAACCAGCUUCAUGAGGUAGUCACCUGGAAUGCAUUUCAAUUAACAGGUGUGCCUGUUAAUUUGUGGAAUUUAUUUUCUUCUUAAUACGUUUGAGCCAAUCAGUUAUGUUGUGACAAGGUAGGGGUGGUAUACAGAAAAUAGCCCUAUUUGGUAAAAGACCAAGUCCAUAUUAUGGCAAGAACAGCUCAAAUAAGCAGAGAAACGACAGUCCAUCAUUACUUUAAGACAUGAAGGUCAGUCAAUAAGGAACAUUUCAAGAACUUUGAAAGUUUCUUCAAGUGCAGUCGCAAAACCAUCAAGCGCUAUUAUGAAACGGGCUCUCAUGAGGACCACCACAGGAAUGGAAGACCCGGUUACCUCUGCUGCAGAGGAUGAUUUCAUUAGAGUUACCAGCCUCAGAAAUUGCAGCCCAAAUAAAUUCUUCACAGAGUUCAAGUAACAGACACAUCUCAACAUCAACUGUCCAGAGGAGGCAGUGUGAAUCAGGCCUUCAUGGUUGAUUGCUGCAAAGAAACCACUACUAAAGGACACCAAUAAGAAGAAGAGACUUCCUUGGGCCAAGAAACAUGAGCGAUGGACAUUUGACCAAAUUGGUGAUUUUUGGUUCCAACUGCCGUGUCUUUGUGAGACGCGGUGUGGGUGAACGGAUGCUAUCCGCAUGUGCAUUUCUCACCGUAAAGCAUGGAGGAGGUGAUGUUAUGGUGUGGGGGUGCUUUGCUGGUGACACUGUCUGUGAUUUAUUUAGAAUUCAAGGCACACUUAACCAGCAUGGCUACCACAGCAUUCUGCAGUGAUACGCCAUCCCAUCUGGUUUGGGCUUAGUGGGACUAUCAUUUUGUUUUUCAACAGGACAAUGACCCAACACACCUCCAGGCUGUGUAAGGGCUAUUUUACCUAGAAGGAGAGUGAUGGAGUGCUGCAUCAGAUGACCUGGCCUCCACAAUCCCCCGACCUCAACCCAACUGAGAUGGUUUACGAUGAGUCGGACCACAGAGUGAAGGAAAAGCAGCCAACAAGUGCUCAGCAUAUGUGGGAACUCCUUCAAGACUGUUGGAAAUGCAUUCCAGGUGAAGCUGGUUGAGAGAAUGCCAAGAGUGUGCAAAGCUGUCAUCAAGGCAAAGGGUGGCUAUUUGAAGAAUCUCAAAUAUAAAAUACAUUUGACUUUUGACCGGUAGUAUAUGUCUGAAUAUCCUAUUUUUGUAAUACAAUCUGGGUUCCUGCUCUUAAGACCAGGGACCUUAGGCCUGUUGCUCUUCCAACCGCCUUUGCGUAGCUCUGUCUGCCUGGGUGAGGCUCCUGUUGCAUGAGUGAAGGUGCUGAGGGGGCAGGAGUGGCUCACGCCUGGCCUGGUGAAGCCCAUGGGGGGGUAUCUGUAGCUGGUUUGGGGGGGGAUUUCAGGUGGGCGGCUGUUUGAGGGAGGUGGUGUGGUCGGCGGUACUCCUCGGCGGGAGGUCUCUGGGUGCAGGUCUGCUGGGGUGUGGGAAUGGUCUCUGCGGGGUGGGGGCUGGUCUGCCGUUCCUGUUGAUGUCGUGGGCGAGUGUCCUAGGGCCACGUCCUUCAGCGUUCUGGUGAAGGUGGAGACUACCUCUUUGUACAUAUGUACAUGUUUGUAGAGGCAGUCCAGGUGGAGGGUAGGAUGGUGGGCCAUGUGUACAUUUGGUUGCAGGGCACAGUCCCGGGGGAGGCAGUGCGUUUAUGCGUUGUAUAGUGGCGGGGUGAAAGUCUGUUCUCUGGAGAAGAGUGGACACCACAAUCUUGGUGUUGGGGAAUGUGGUGGUGGCCCUUUCUAUUACCCUCCUCAGUGAUGUGGCCACCCUCUCCUGCUGGGCCCGCAGGUCGUUGCUCCCUGUGUGUAUUAUGAUGUGGCCACCCUCUCCUGCUGGGCCCACAGGUCGUUGCUCCCUGUGUAUAUUAUGAUGUGGCCACCCUCUCCUGCUGGGCCCACAGGUCGUUGCUCCCUGUGUGUAUUAUGAUGUGGCCACCCUCUCCUGCUGGGCCCACAGGUCGUUGCUCCCUGUGUGUAUUAUGAUGUGGCCACCCUCUCCUGCUGGGCCCACAGGUCGUUGCUCCCUGUGUGUAUUAUGAUGUGGCCACCCUCUCCUGCUGGGCCCACAGGUCGUUGCUCCCUGUGUGUAUUAUGAUGUGGCCACCCUCUCCUGCUGGGCCCGCAGGUCGUUGCUCCCUGUGUGUAUUAUGAUGUGGCCACCCUCUCCUGCUGGGCCCACAGGUCGUUGCUCCCUGUGUGUAUUAUGAUGUGGCCACCCUCUCCUGCUGGGCCCACAGGUCGUUGCUCCCUGUGUGUAUUAUGAUGUGGCCACCCUCUCCUGCUGGGCCCACAGGUCGUUGCUCCCUGUGUAUAUUAUGAUGUGGCCACCCUCUCCUGCUGGGCCCACAGGUCGUUGCUCCCUGUGUGUAUUAUGAUGUGGCCACCCUCUCCUGCUGGGCCCACAGGUCGUUGCUCCCUGUGUAUAUUAUGAUGUGGCCACCCUCUCCUGCUGGGCCCACAGGUCGUUGCUCCCUGUGUGUAUUAUGAUGUGGCCACCCUCUCCUGCUGGGCCCACAGGUCUUUGCUCCCUGUGUGUAUUAUGAUGUGGCUUGGCGACCCGAGCUGGGCCUUGACGAGCAGCUCCAUUGCACUUUUUGUUGUGGGGCACCACACCUUCUUUUUUGUUUUAUGAUUAUGGAAAGUUUAUUCUCAUGAACAAACUUCCCGUUCAAGUCAAUCAACAGGAUGAUGUCAGCCAGUCUAUCCUCGAGGCUGGAGGGAGUAGAGUGGGGGCUGGUGGUUUUGGUGUUGGAGCUGGGGUGGUUGGGGGAGAGGGAGAGCUGGGCUGGGCUGGUGUUGAUGUGUCUGAGAUGCUGUCCUGUGAAUUGUGGGUGUAG